AGGGCCCGCUUCCUCCCGCCAGCCGUGGCUUGGGCUUUGCACCCGGCGGCGACUGAGAACUGUGUGGCGACUGCGGAGCCAGCAGCGCAGGCGGGCGGAGCGGAGCUGUCCGGCCCGGUGGCGGGCGAUGCCCCCGUGAGUCUCUGUCGCUGCCCCUCCCCGCCCCGCGUCCCUACCCCUUCGGAGUCCGCGCCCGCUCGGGGCCGGGCCGCGCCUACCGCCGGGUCCGCGGGGCGGGGUCCCGGGGCAGCACCUGCCUCGCCUUGCGGCGCCACUCCGCCAGCGGAAUCCCGCUCCAGGCGUGGACCCCGGCCCCACCUCGGGACCCUGUCAUCGCAUUCCUUCCCCCUGGAAGCCUGCCCUGAUUGCCUUUACUUCCUUUUCUGGAAAUUGCUAUCUCAGCAGAAGUGAAGCUUUGUGCGAUUCCCUAGGGGGUGUGCUGUUGAGAGAGCACAGCCCCUUGUGAUGCGGAGCACCACACUCAGACUCAGCAGCUUGAAUUGCCUGAAGCCCUGCCAUCCUGGGGACCAUGUUUAACGGGGAGCCUGGUCCAGCCUCGGCAGGGGCCUCCAGGAAUGUAGUAAGGAGUUCCAGCAUCAGCGGUGAGAUCUGUGGAUCCCAGCAAGCUGGAGGUGGGGCCGGGACCACCACAGCCAAGAAACGGCGCAGCAGCCUGGGUGCCAAGAUGGUAGCUAUCGUCGGCUUGACCCAGUGGAGCAAAAGCACCUUGCAGCUCCCCCAGCCUGAAGGGGCCACCAAGAAGCUUCGAAGCAACAUCCGACGGAGCACAGAGACUGGCAUUGCAGUGGAGAUGCGGAGCCGUGUAACCCGCCAGGGCAGCCGGGAGUCUACCGAUGGGAGCACCAACAGUAACAGCUCCGAGGGCACGUUUAUUUUUCCCACACGGCUUGGAGCUGAAAGCCAGUUCAGUGACUUUCUGGAUGGCCUGGGACCAGCCCAGAUUGUGGGGCGACAGACGCUGGCCACACCCCCCAUGGGAGAUGUGCACAUUGCCAUCAUGGACCGGAGUGGCCAGCUGGAGGUGGAAGUGAUUGAAGCUCGGGGCCUGACCCCCAAACCAGGCUCCAAAUCCCUCCCAGCCACCUAUAUCAAGGCUUACCUGCUGGAGAACGGGGCAUGUGUAGCCAAGAAAAAGACAAAGGUGGCCAAGAAAACAUGUGAUCCCUUGUACCAGCAAGCUCUGCUCUUUGAUGAGGGGCCCCAAGGCAAGGUCCUGCAGGUGAUCGUCUGGGGAGACUACGGCCGUAUGGACCACAAGUGCUUCAUGGGUAUGGCCCAGAUCAUGCUGGACGAGCUGGACCUGAGUGCUGCAGUCACCGGCUGGUACAAACUCUUCCCCACAUCCUCUGUGGCCGACUCCACACUCGGAUCCCUCACCAGGCGCCUGUCUCAGUCCUCUUUGGAGAGUGCCACCAGCCCCUCGUGCUCUUAAGGACCUCGAUGAGGACAAGAGGCCAGGGGCUAUUGGGGGAUGGGAGCCUGCUGGCCUCACCACCCCCUGUACAUAGUCUCCAUGUCCUUCUGAACCCCUUAUCCUGCUGCAUGCCUGUUAGCCACUGGGCUCGUCCCAGCUGGCAGUGGAGACUAUAGUGUGUGUCUGUGUGUCUCUCUGUGUGUGUGUGUCCACAUAUUUGUCCAUUUGUCUGUGUACAAUCAGUCCUGGUGAUCACAUGGACUAUAUAGUCCACAUCUCUGUAUCUUGCUGGAAAGAACCCAAAGGAGCAUCGUAUGGACACUUCUUGCCCAUGGAAUCUCCAGGGGUGGAAAUAGGGGAUGUGGCCACUGGUGGGCCUUGCUUAGUCCCUGCCUUGUUGUCUUAUGGUCUCCACUUGCUUUUCUGUCUUGUCUUUUUCUUUGCCUCUCCCAGCAUUGCUGCUUUUUUGAGGAAUGUAGCAUCCAUUGCAGCUGACCACACCUGGUUCCAUCUAGAAAUCUACAUCUCUCCUCCCUACCACAGCCACACUGGUGGUCAUCCCAUUGAAUGCACUCCACAGCAUGUAGCAUGCUCACUCAGUGCCCUAGCCAGGGCCCCAGGACAGAGGGUGUCUGGGGAGGAGGAUGCAGGCCAGGCACACUAGAGGAUGUACUGGGACCUCUCUUCCCCUGGGGUGUUCCAACAUGCCAGAGGAGCUCCCAGUGGACCCAGGAGGCUGCCUGUUGAAGUAGCUGGCCUUUUCAGGCAUCAAGGUGGCCCUGUCCCCCUUUGGGGUUAUUCCUGAGGGAGCAUGGCUUGGUAAGAGGUGCCAUGGGUAGGGCUACUUGCUGGAGGAAGGAGGGCUAAGGUUAAUUUGUUUUGAGCCACUGUCUGGAAACCUGUCUGACCUGGGGUUAGCUGCACGAAGCUAUUCUUUCAGGGUUCUACUUUCUUUGCUCAUCUGUAGACACCAGACCCCAUCUGGAGUUCUGACACACCAGAGCUCCAGCCUCCUAGCUCUGUGGGCAGCCUGGCUCUGCAUUCAAGGGUGCCUCAGUCACCAGCUCUGUACCAGCAAUACUCACCCCUCCACCUCCCUGACUUUCUUGAGUGGGCCCCUGCUCUAGGCAUCCCAGCUGCCUCUACCUUACUACCCCCUUCCCUUGUCUGGCUAGGGCUCCUCCCAACCACUGAGAACACUGUUGGAGGGACUAGUGCCUGGGCCAGAUCCCAAGAUGGCUGAUGUGAAUACUGAAGGCUGGCUCUGGACUGCUGCAUCUGUUCUCCCCUCCUUAGCUAUAGGGUGGGGUUGGAGGCUGCCUGGGAGAUGGCAAAGUAGCCCUGGUUUAUGUCGAGUAGGAGGAAGGACACAGGUGAUGGGUGGGAGAUGGGGAAGACUCUCUUUCUGCCUCUCUCCUAGCCCAUGCCUCUAGCAUAAGUGCCUAGGCAGGGAGAGCUAUGGGGAUAACUGUGAAGCAGCGUUGGCCUGUGUGUGGAUCUCAUUUGUACCAAAGCUGGGGUACACAAAGCUGUCUCAGCCCAAAGGGCCUCCCUGUAGUCAGAGUCCUGCACUCAGUGUCAAAGAAGGGCUGUGAAGAAGCCCCCAUGCAAACUGGGGUGAGGAGGAGGAAGAGAAGGAACAGACCGGGGCUGUGUCCCUGCAGGCAGGAGAGGGAGGCGGGGGCCAGUUCUCUUGCCAGCCUUUCUGGCUAGGGAGUAUAUAUGUAUCUCCCAUAUCACUAGAUAUGGGGCAAAGUGCUCUUGGUCUCCAAGCCUUAAUGGUUUGGGGGCAAGGAGAAAACUAGCUUGUGGAAGGCUGUUUUCGUCUUGCUUGAGGUGUGCGCACCUUUAAAGCAGUUACCGGCUGGAUGGUGUGAAAGCCAUCUGGAGUGGAGGAGUGUCAGUGACCCACUGACAACAGAGAGCUUUGCAGAUGUGGCGUCGAGUCACUCCCAGAAGUGGGAGCUGCCAGCAGAGAGUGUCCCUUGCCUCUUAGGAGGGUCAGCACAGGGGAUACUCUAGCCAGAGGAGGGACUUGAUGUGCUGGGAACUCGUGCUGACCUGCCUACAGUCAGAGGCUGUAAACUACCUAAGAGAUGGGCACUUGGCGGCCCCACCUCCAUGGAAGAUAGCCCCCCUCCCCAAUUGAUUUUGGGGAAUUCACGCUUCUUAACACUGAGUAACCCCUUCUAGAUGCUCGCUCCCACGUGUGGGUUGUGUAAGGCUAGUGUGUACAUGUGAUGAGGAGGCUGGGUUUAACGCUCUGUUUCUCAGCACACUGGAUUGGGGGCUACACUGGGUGGGAUGCCAUUCCAGAAGCAGGUGUGCCCAAGUGUGACUCCUGCCUGGGCUGGGAGCCAUCUGCCCUUUGAGGAAAGGACAAUGGAUCAAGAAUUAGCCGGGUGCUUGUGAGUUCACCUAUCAACAGGCCACCUCACAUAACCUCUUGCUCCAGGGGUCAGUGGUUGCAGGAGUGGGAUUUGGUCAUCCCAUCUCCUCUAGGCAGGCCAGACUCGUCGGUGAUGGGCUGGGACAGGAGCAGCCCUGCAGCGAUGCUGGGCUGUGGGCAGGGGCAGUGAUAAAUGACUCAGAGCAUAUGUCUCUGUAUUUCUGCCCUGCUCAGCCUGUCCCACUUUUUAACAGAUUCCUUUCCUACAAGGAAAGCAGAGAUGGGACUCUGUGAUAUGAAGCGGUCUCUAGGAAAUGGGCCAAGUCUUGGUUUGACAGGGACAUUUGAUCCUUUGGGGAGGAACCGGCUCCAGAGGCGCUCUCAUCUUGCCUCUCAGCUCACCAGACUCUGAACAUCACCUCUUCAGCAGGUUCCGGGCAGUGCCAGCACACUAUGGGGUGGAGGCAGAGCUGCAGGAAGCUCCAGAGAGGAAGGGGUGGUAGUGCCUGGAUGGUUCUGCUCUUGGGGACUCGGUGCCUGGAGCACUGGGGUCAAGCUAACUCUCCCAGGGGCUCAGCCCCUGACCAGGGAAGCAUGCCAGCUCUUCCUUAACUGCCAGCCUGGGAGAGACCAGCAGCCUCCGUUUUUGUUUUUGUUUUUGUUUUAAAGACAACUGAGCCCUCCCAGGGCAUUUCUUUGAAAAUGAAAUGUAGCACAAUCCUCAACUGUGUUCCCAGGAGCCCUGACAUACCCAGGGCUCCUGAUACCUCACAUUCUCCAUCGCCCUUGGCCUAGGAGGCAGUAGUGCCCUAGCAAGGCUGCUCUUCUGUAUUUCUCCGAUUGCGUCCAGCACUGUGCAGACUCUUUAAGAAGUUGCUUCCUUUGCCCGAGGUUGCUCUCCACCGGGUGGGGAGAUGCGGUACUUCAUGUGGUGGCCUGAAGCUUGUCCAGCAGCAUUUCUGUAGCGGCCACAGGGAAGUGGACAAGAGGAGGCCUGCUUUCCUGCCACCACCUUUUCUCUCCCACUCCUCAGUUGUUGUCUCUAAUGUUCUGACACAUACAGACGUUCUUUGGAACACAGCCCCUCUCCUUCGUCGUCGUCUUCUGAUGGAUGAUCAGAGAGGAGAUGGAAAUGCAGACUCCUUCCCUGCCUUCUCCCUCCAGUCUGCUUCUAGCCCAGGUCAGAAGAGUUCAGAAGAAGCUAGGGAGAUCAACCACCAUCAGAGAGCAGGGGCGGCCCAUCCAGUCAGCCUGGCCUGGCUGGGAGAGGGUCAUUUGGAGAGUGCCUGAGCAUCUCGGAGCAAUGUCAGUGAUGCCAAAGAGAGCGACUUGGCCUCCGUGGGCAGCAGCUCUGUCGGUGGAGCUAGAUGAACACAGCUCAGAUGGUGGCGUGCCCAAGGGAGGGUCCUUGUUCUCUGACAAAGGGCUUAAUCUUUCCAUGUAGCAAAGCAACUCCCUUCCCCCAACCCCGAGCAUGGGCUUCUGUGGGCCCGGCAUGGCUGUGCCUCUAAGAGAAGCCGCAGAGGCGAGAGACCUUCUCUCCUUCCUGUCUGUCUUAGCAAGUGCUCCUUGAAAAGCCUGUGUUGCUGCUUUGGAGAAACCCAGCUCUGGCUGGACAGUCGCCAGUAAGGACAGGGCCUUGGGCCUGCAAGGAAGUCCAUAUUGAUGCCAGGAAGGGUCCCUGGGCCUGAGAUUCCAGGGACAACUGAGCAUCUGCCCCAUUAGCCAAUGACCUAGACAGGGAUGGCUGUUCUGUACCUUUUUUUCUUCUUUUUUUCUUUUUGCCAGAAACUGUGACCUUGUGUCCUCAUCUGUAAAAACCAGAGCAUUCGCUGGUUGCUCCAUGGCCCCCUCCAGGCUUUGUAAGUCUAUGGCUUGGAGUUGCUGAGGUGGCUAGGGGCCUGUUUCAUCCCCCUUGGUUCUCACUCUGGGAGCCUGUCCUCAUUUGGUCCAUGCCCAGAUGCUGCUCCUGAAAAGCCCAGGUGUAGCUUCACCUCUGUGUGGUUUGCCCUCCUCCUCCCACUCUCUCUGGUCUUGGUGAGAAAUAACCAAGGGUCUUCUACGGUGGACAGUUCCCUAGGUGCUGUAAUGUCACCACCUAGGCUGAAUCCUGAGUAGAUCUAUGUCCCUGCCAGCAGUCAGGCUGGGCCACCUGUCAUUCUGCUUCUAGAUGACAGGCCAGGAAGAGUGGACACUCAGAGCCCUUUCAAAGGAAUUCUCUCUGAUGGGAUGAGAGAGAGAACGUCCUUCCAAGUAUUUGGCUUUUUAAAACCACUUCUUCCCAAAUUUCUUCUCCAAAACUUUCUCUUGGAAGGCAAUUUGGCUGCUUCCUCAGGGAAAGCAGACCUGAGACUUCUUAGCAACUCCUGUAGCAAUGAGAACUCACAGAAGGCAGGAACCCCUUUUUUAGAAUUUCCAAUUGCAUCCUGCAAAGAGAGAGCGCGCGAGAGAAAGUGAGAGCUGUUAGGGACUGACAAGCACACUGUUUAGAUAAAAGCAAUUAGCCUUUUCUAUUUGAGCUCUCUGCAGCAUCUUCCCAAACCGUGGCUCCUGGGUGGCAGGUGGACAGCUGGGAGGGAAUACCGGCUGCCUCAUGUGAUGUCCUUGCCAAUCCCCCUGAGGAGAAAAUUCUUCACAUGGCUUCUGCAUGUACAGUAUUUGGGCAAAAAACAAAAAAUAAAGUCCAUUUGAAAUUGG